AUGUGCUUGGACGAGGACGAGGUGAGGGAGUUUGUGGAAGAAUGGUUGUGGGCGGAGCAGGAGCGACAGCAGAAGGUGAAGGAGAGUGAGAGGCAGAAGGAGAGGCAGAAGGAGAGGCAGAAGCAGGGCCUUGUGAAAGACGAGGUUGCUGGGGAGGAGAGUCCUAAAGAAGGGUUAGAGUUGGAUCUAAAGGAGGUAUUUAGACGCUCUCAGGAGGCGAUUAACUACAUAGAGGCUGAGCGUGGGGCGCGGGUGGUGGGAAGCGGGGGGGGAGAGGAAGGGGAGGAGGAGAAGGGGGAGGGGGUGGAGGAGGAGGAGGAGGGGAUGGAGGUGGGGAUGGGAGGAGAGAUGGGAGGAGUGGUGGAAGAGGGAGGGGUGGUGGAACAGGGAGGGGUGGUGGAACAGGGAGGGGUGGUGUUGCUGAGAGAUGUGUUUGUGGAUGGGAGGGGUGUUGUGUUCAACGCGUCCCAUGUCUUCUCAUUGCAUGGGACGUGCGGGAGCUUGAGGGGAGGCGGCAGGAAGAGUCAGCAUGCAGCAGCGCUGAAGCUGAAGAAGUCCCUCUCCUUCCCCCCAGGUACCCCUGUGAGCGUGCACGAGCAUCUGGUGAACUUACUCCCCUAUGAACACGAACAGGAGGAGGAGGAGGAGGAGGAGGAGGAGAAGAGUGGGGGUAAGGGGAGCGGAGGCGGAGAGUGGGUGGCGCAGGCGAGGGUGCACAGUGGGGGGACACGUGGACUCGUGCGGCUGCUGCCAGUGCUCUUCCUGCUCGCCUCCUCGCUCAUGCCCUCUGCCCGUCGCUUCCCCUUGCUGCUGAAUCACCGGCAUGUGAGUUGUGGCGAGGGGAGGGGAGUGUUGGGGUGCAGCGAGAUUGGACGUGUCAAAUCAGCCCGCAAACCACUCUCAUGUGAGUCGGGGGGGAAGCGCAAGGGAGGGGAGGGGGCUGCUGCGGCUGCUGCCAGUGCUCUUCCUGCUCGCCUCCUCCCCCAUGCCCACCGCGCGGCGCUUCCCCUUGCUGCUACAUCACCGCCAUGUGAGCUGUGGGGAGGUGAGGGUGAUGGGGCAGGAGAACUCUCGCCUCUCCUCUCACACCCUGAGAACGACCUGCUAUCCCAUCUCGGCCCAGAUGUCUUUGGUGUGGACCUCGCACCACUAGCCAUCCGCCACCCCUCAGCCCUCCUGCACGGCGUCUACAGCAGCAGCAGCAGCAGCAGCGACGGCUCUUACAACCACCCAGACACUGGUCUUGAUCCCACCGCUGCCACCACCGGCAUGCCUGCCCACCUAUUCUUCGCGAGAACCCUCCUCCUCCCCAUCCACACCCCCAGCCUCUGCGGCCUCUCUUCACCUCCGCUCACCGCACUCCACUCCUCUCCACCGCGCGCCCCUGAUGCCCUCUGGCUGGCCCUCCGCGGUUACCACCUGUUGCCCCCCCACGGCCUCCCCAUCCUCUCCUCCGACUGGACCCCCCGCCUCCCCGCGCCCCUGCAAAUACAACCACCUGAGAAUUCACCUGAAGUUUCACCUGAAGAUUCGCCUGAUGGGCUGGUGGUGGGGCGGGCGCUGCCGGAGGAUUGGGUGGUGGUGGUGUCGGUGGUGUGGAGUAUGCAUGUGAUGGAGGGAGGGGGAGGGGGGGAGGGUGUGAGGGAGACAGAGGCAGCCAUGCAUGUGAUUAUAGCGAUGCUCAAGGAGCUGUUCUCGGAUGGGAGGGUGAUUGUAUACGAUGAGCACAUGCCGCUGCUGCAAGCCAAGGCACUGUUCUCAAGAGCCAUUCUCCUGGUGGGCCCCACAUCGCCCGCCCUCACCAACCUCCUCUUCAUGCCAUUCAAUUCCACCCUCAUCGAACUGCUUCCCUACCCCGUUACCCGCCCCCGCUCCUCCCUCCCCCUCUCGCUCCUCCUCCGCUCACCCUACCACAAGAAAGCAGCGGCUGAGUCUGCUCUCAUCGGCCAACCCAGCGCCGCCACGUGGCACUGCCAGCUGGCGGAGCGGCUCGGGAUUCGACAUUAUCUUAGCGUGUGCGACCCCACGUGGCUGGACAAGAACACGGGGGAACAGUGCCACGUGGACGAGGUGUACGCUACAGUGCUCGCUACAGUCCGAAGAAACCCGACCCUACUGGCCCUCACAGGAAUUCCUGCAAUCUCCUUUCCUCCCGACGCCUUCAAGCCAACUCUCGAGCCUACCACUGUCACCAGCGCUGGUAUCCAUGCCAAUCCCAGUGACUUUGCCGAAGCUGCCAGCAGGUUCGGCGAUUUCGGCGACUUGAUCCCAGGGUCAAGGCUGGGGGAUAGCAACGGCAAACCGGAAGAUUUCAGCGAUUCCAUCCCGGGGUCAAGGCUACGGAAGGGGACGGGCCAGGUGGGGGAGUUUAGGCGGUGGGCGGCGUGUGUAGCGGAGAGGGGGGAGUGGCAUUUCAACGUCACCCCGCGUGUGCUGCCCUGGGCCGAACGUGGCUUUGACAACUGCGACCUGUUCCACGUCCGGGAAAACGGCGGCUUGGCCGGAGCUGCUGCCGACACUGUCGCUUUGGAUCGGGAGAUGGGUCGGGAGGAACGGGAGCAGGCGUGGAAGGUGAGGGAUGCGUUGAAGUACCAGUGGGGGGUUGCCAAGGACAGGUGUCCACGUGUGGUUCAUGCAAAGCUAGGCGCCCGAGCCCAGGCUGUUCCAGGCUCGGAAGUUUCCGAACCUGACGAGCUGUUCUCUAGGUUCGACGGGCGCGCGCUGUGUGAGCUGGCUCGGCGGAGGAAAGACGGGUUGAGAAUUGCUUUUGUCGGGGACUCACUUACCCGAGAGGCACACAUAUCCUUUGUACAUAGCAUUGUAACACACGUGCGAAAGCCGGCGAGCGUGGUAACCAGAGAGGACAGUGCGGCGUGGGUGGCGCAGAUGUUGCGAAAAAAAGGCGAUUAUUUCACCCGAGCGACAUACCGAUUCGAUGAUGUGGAUGACGGCGGGUGUGGAAAGCUGGUGGUGCAUUACAUUGCAAACCGGCGGCUUGUGCCUGUGUGGGAGGAGAAGAGGGACCGUGUGCGAUGGAUUAGCACGCCUUGGAUGGAGAGUGAGGAGAUUAAGGAUGCGCAUGUGGUGGUGUUGAAUCGAGGCGCGCAUUUCAAAUCCACAGGGCAUGUUGUGUUGUCGGUGUCGCGCGCGCUGCAAUUUCUCCGGUAUAAUUACCACGAGAAGCUGAUCAUUUACCGGGCGACGGCCACGGGUCACCUCAACUGCAAGGACUACAACAAGCCCCUUUUGAAGCGGCAAAACGGGAGCGAUUUACCCUUUCAUUGGGGGGAAUUCAAGGCGCAAAACGAUGCGGUGCGGCCCAUAGUGGAGGCAAUGGGGGGUGUGUUCAUGGAUGUUGAUCAUCUAAGUGCCUUGAGACCUGACGGGCAUAGAGGGUUUGUUGAGAAAAUGGACUGCUUGCAUUACUGCUUGCCGGGACCGGAAGAUACAUGGUCGGAGUUCCUGUAUAAUAUUAUUCAGAGGCUAGUUCCUGUAAAGUAG